UUCCAAGAUGGCCAAACUAACUGCGACUUAUUUUUCUCUUGCAGAAGAUGAAGCCCAUCGUCCAGAGAAGGCGAUCUACACCUUCUGCUAUUACUAAAGCUCUUGGCAAGUCGAAACACCAUUCCAGGGAAACUACUCUCUCUUCUUCCCAUUCAGACAAUGGGCUGCCAAGCGGGAUCUUUAGCAACCCAGGUUCCACUUUCAUCCUGGAUGAGCGAGUACAGCUAACCGUGGGCCUGCAGACUCAGGACAGACAUUUGAUCUUGUUCAGUGAUAUGCUGAUCAUCGCCAAGUCCAAAUCUUCCUCCAGCCUGAAGUUCAAAAAGCAAGUGCAUCUGAGUGAAGUGUGGACUGGCACCUGUCUCAGUGAAGUAACAGAGAAGAAGAUGAGCCCUGAGAAUUCGUUUGUUAUCGGCUGGCCUACCAUCAACUAUGUCAUCACCUUCAGCUCAGCUGACGUGAAGAAACAAUGGCUGUCUGCAUUACUGUGGCAUAUCAGUGAAAUGAAACAGAAAGAAUAUCUGAAGAACCUAACCCUUCAGAUCUUUGUGCUGGAUGCUGAAAACUGUUCUUCUACCACCACAGUCAAUGUGUCCAAUGUGGAAACUGCAGAGAGUGUGAUGAAGAAGGCACUUGUCCAGCUUGGACUUCCUGGUAGGACAAGUGACCACCAUCUCUGGGUGAUCUCAGGAAAAGAUGACUCCGCUUACCCUCUCAUUGGGCACGAACAUCCGUUCAGCAUUGCAUUAAACUGUCUCCGGGACUCUGCUGACCAGCAGCAAGGAACUCACAAUCACACCCUCCUGCUUGAUGGGACAGAGACAUCCUUCCUUGAGCAGCUCCCAAAAGAGAAACAAUGUCAGUUUGUCCUGAAACCCAGGCUCCAAGCUCCAGUGCAACUGAGAAGGGAGUCACUGCAGAAGCACACUAAGAGGAAGAAGUCUUUGAUUGACUGGGCCCUGCGGCGCAGCACCAGUGCACCCACAGACAGCCCUCCUUCACAGUCACCUACCACCCCACAGAAACUCUUCGGCAUGUCUCUGUCCUCUGUCUGUCCUGAUGGGAUCCUUCCCAAGCCAAUCAUGGAUAUGCUGUUCCUGCUGUACCAUGAAGGUCCCUCUACUAGGGGCAUUUUCAGACGUUCUGCCAAUGCCAAGACUUGCAAGGAGUUGAAGGAGAAGCUGAACUCUGGAGAUGAUGUCCAGGUGGAUGGAGAGUCGGUCUUUGUGGCUGCAGCUGUCAUCACGGAUUUUCUCCGAAAUAUACCUGACAGUGUUCUAUCCUCAGACAUGCACGGACUGUGGAUGGAAGCUGUGGAUACAGAAAAUCGGGCACAUAAGAUUGAAACUAUCAAAAGCUUGGUCAGUCAGCUCCCAGAGGCCAACCUUAUCUUACUCAGACACCUCUUCGGAGUUCUUCAUCAUAUUGAGCAGAAUUCCAUUGUGAAUCAGAUGAAUGCAUUUAACCUGGCUCUUUGCAUAGCACCCAAUAUGCUGUGGCUACCUAGUCCCACUGGGCCUGAGGAGGAAAGCAGGUCUACAAAGAAGGUAGCCAUGUUAGUACAGUUUCUGAUUGAAAACUCAGCAGAGAUUUUUGGAGGUGACAUUGCUUCCUUGUUUCAAAGACGGGACAAAAAUUCCACAAACUCACAGAGAUCUCUGGGCGAGGCUCAGAAUGAUGACUCCUCUGAUGAGCUGGAAUUCUCUGCUUAUGACCUGGAAAGACCAAAGCAUUGCCUGAUACCUAAAACAGAUGACGUUUUUGAACCACCCAGUGGUUUAUUACUUGACGAAGAGCAAGAAGACUGGGACUUGUUCAGUGAGAUCACAGCCUGCUACCAAAGCAAAACCCAGAAGAAUGCCAGUGCAGACAGCUAUGAUCUCCUAGAAGAGGAGGGUUCCUUCUGCUCCAUGGGCUCAAUACGCUCACUUAGCCCAGCCAGGGACCGGUGCUCGUCAGAGCCUAGUGUCUGCCUUAGCUCCCAGCUUCCUGCUCAGAGCCAUGAGCCAGUGGCUCGCCAGUCUAGCUGCGAUGCCACCAUCAUGCACAAUCACACAGGUUACAUCCACAGGCUCAAGCAACUGCAAGUGGAGAGCCAGAAGCUGAUUGAUGAAGGCCUUAGCACUGGGGCUAAUAAAGCCAGACAGAAUUUGUGGCAGUCACCUCAGACCAGCUCUAAGGUAAAGAAGCUCAGCUUUCAGAAAUCUAACCCGUCCAACAGGUCCAGCUUCUCUAGCCUGUCUUCCACCACUACAUCCCCAUCUGCAUCCUCACUUAGCUCCCUAGACAGUGCUUUCUCGUACUGCUCAGAGUCAUCAGCUGUUAGUCCUACAGAUGUCUCCUCCCUGUCAUUUAUGUUUGGCACAUCUGCCAGGCUUCAUGCUGUGUCCCCCAAGGAUGCCAAGAAGUCCCCAAAAGAGUGGCACAAGUCCUUCACCUCUCCUGUGCCUUUACAGCCAUGUGACCUAGACAGUUUCUGUGACUAUGAACCCAAGGCUGUAGAGAGCAGACAUUGUCAUGGGGAGAGGAAAAGCUUUCCUUCUGGCAGCAGAGCUGCAGCGGGGAGCCCACUAACCGACACUGACUGGGAAAAAGAGGAGAGACAGCAGGGAUUUGUGGAGGUGCCUGAUCUGAAGUUCCAAAACCUGGAUUAUCCCAGUGAGCUAGAACAAAAUUCUGAGCCUUCACCUGAUGACUUAGCCAGCAAGAAAUUCCUGCAGCUCAACCAGCAGCAACACAGGGAGAAGUUUGUGAAGCACAUUGAAAUCAGAAGUGUUGAUGCCUACUCUCCAAGCCAGGAAGGCCUGAAGCGUACCAAGAUAACUUUUUAUAUGGCCCCAAAUAAAGAAUAUUGUUGGAGAUUGCCAGGGGAAGAGGAGAGGUCCUUGGUGAACACCAGCGGCACUGACUCUCCCAGCAGCCCCAGUGAACAAAGCACAUCUAAGGGCUUGCAGUCUGUGAGAGUCCAUAUCCCCCAGACGGUGUUUUAUGGGCAGAAUACCCCUCUUGUUCUGCAAUCUGCCUCCAGGCAGCUCCACUGUGAAUCAACAAUCCUGUCUUCACAAGCAAGUCGCAAAGAGAACCUCCAAAGUGCCUCCACUCCGAAGGAGCUAGAGAGCAAGCCAGGGGAGGAGGUACAGGUGCCAAACCUGAACAAGGGUAUCAACACAUUCAGCCACACCAUCCAUAUCAUCCUCCCUGCUUCUAUUCAAAGCACUGUCAGGGAAUAUUUCAAACAUGAUGAAACCAAGACCUGUCCCAUGGCUGAGGCAGAAGCAGUGGAGAAGGAACUUCUUCGGAGCAGGAUGGAGUGGCUUAGGAGGCAGCCACUGUCAGAAAUGGCUGCUGAGGAAUGUGAUGCAGUGGUAUUUGCAGAAGAGACAUUUGUCUAGAGUGAUGGCUGUGGAAGGACUGAAUUGUGUGUGUGUGUAUGUGCAGCAGAAUAUAUUCUGAUCAAGGUGUGAAGAAUCUAGUGGGCUGUAUUGAGCAGUAAGUAUAAAGUGGCACUAAUGUGUAUGUAAUGUUGAGGUUUGCAGUUCAUUUUGGUUGGGGUGUGAGCAGUGUUCUUUUUGUUACAUUCUUUUUCUACUUGAGAUACUCACCAAGGGAUCUGUUUGCCACCAGACUGUCCCAGAAUUUGCUGACCUUGGCAGAGGUCAUUUCUUUUUGAAGCAGAAAAGGAGAAACUCUUAUUUUCUUCAGUCACUGAUGUGUACAGAGGACUGGAGAACUGGGGCAGCAACUAUUCCAGCAGAAUUAGUUAAAUUUUAAGCUUGCAUAAAUAGCUCUACUAUUCCCUGUUCAUCACCACCAUUCAUCCAAAAGGAGAUUCUUCACCUCCAUUCCAGAAAUCACUACUUCUCUCUGCUUAUCUUCCUUUUGUCCCCCAGGGAGGGUAGAACUCUGUUCAUUACUACUUGAUUUUGGACUCCAGAUAGACCAAACAGAGCCCAAAGCCCAGCUUUCACUGACAGACGAUAUCCAAGAUCCUUUCUUUUUUUUUUUUUCCAGUUAAUUGUUCACUAAUUCUCAUCAUUAUUUUGCCACCAUUACUCUGAAGGACUAUAGCUCUGUUGCUUAAACAGUGCUAUGAACGUUUCAUUCCCUUGGCAUCCUCUGGGAACAGCUGGGCCUUCCAGUCCUAGUAAGAGGUGACAUCUUUUCUGUAACUGAAGAUGGAAAUUCAGAAUGGCCUUUCCCAAGGCAGUGUGGGUGGGGAUCACAGUCAAAUUCCUAGUUAAGCUGAAAGGGGCCCAAUCAGGAGUUGGUUUUAGCAUGAAGUCACGGUGUUGUGGAAGUAGUCAGGAAAGCUGUGAAGUAGGUGCUGCAGCAAAAGUCCCAUUAGGCUAGGAAUCUCUCAGACAAUCUAAUAAGCUGAGAUUCUUCAGGCUUUGAUAGCGCUGUUAAAGCUGUGUCAGAGAAAUGCAUUCCCAUCAAAAUGCUCUGCCCAGUAUCAUCUAGCAGAGUUAAUUAUGGAGAAGUGCCAGGCAAGCACGUGACAGAAGGCUGCUUGUCCGGCACUACUGAAAACAUGCAGCCAGUGGGCUCUUAUGCCAUUGUCAUGAUGCCACUCAGGACAAUGUUUAGUGUAACUUUUGCUAUGAUGGGACUUAAGAGGAUUGUGGUGCUGCCAGCUAAGCUCUAAAAUAAGCAGAGAGCACCACAGGAGCUAGAUAGGAUAUAAGAAAAUGAUGGGAAAAGUCUUAAAGAUGAAAAGGUUCAGGAUAUGUCAUUCUCUUAGAGAGACAGCCCUUUUUCUCAGCUAACAGUUGAGACAGCUAAAAGACAGAAGAAAUACGUGAAUCUUAGUGAUCAAGCAGUAGUCCUUCUGAAGUACUCCUUUGCACAUUGCUGAGUCCAUUCACUACCAUACUUGAGGAUUACUUGACACCCACUCUUAUUCAGCCCUUGCACAGAGGGAAAACCACAUCUGUAAAUGACCAAGUAAGAAUUUUGCAGUUGCUGGUCACUAUCUGUACCUGGGAACUGGUCCAGCGCUCCAGAUUCGCACUCUGUGAUUCCCACGAAGAUGGAGGGAAACCCAGAGUCCACAUCACAAGGUGUACAGAAAAUGUUUUGUCAUGUGCAAAGUGUUCAACUUUCAGGUGCUGCCUCUGUCCUGUCUCACCGCGGUGGGCCUUGUAUGAUGAGCGGUGUAUAUAGUUGUAAUGCAAACCUCCUGCUAUAAUUUUCUCACACAGACACUAAAGAUGCGCAGUAUUGGUUUUGGUUUUUUUUCCCCAGACCUAUGGUUGUAACUAUUUGAAUAAAAAAGGCACAGGUUUGUUUGCAAGGUGGUGAUUGCCUUUUGUUCCCCUUGCUCCUACUUUUCCCUCCUUUCUGUGCUUGUGUGUACUGCUUGCAAAAGACCAAAGCAGGCUCUAUGCUUCCCCCCAAGAUCUGCAGCAGCGGCCUGUGCUGACAAGGAACCCUCUGCCAUCUGUAUUUCUCUGUAGCCAUCAUUAUUUGAGGUUCUCCCUCAGGGAAACAGGCCCAAACAGCACCAAACAGAAGGCAGUAGAUAAAGUCACUAAUGUUUUAACAAGG